AUGUAUAAUAAUGAUGAGAGAAAUGAUAGUGAGGAAAAUGAAAGCCGUGCUGAACAAUGGCAAAAUUACAUGGAGACGAAAAAAGCCAAACUUCAAUAUCAAGUAAAUGUAUUGAACAAACAUAAGAGCAUUUCCUCAAUUUUUGAAGGUGUUUCAAUUUUCGUUAAUGGUUAUACAGAUCCGCCAGCAGCAGAAUUGCGGAAAUUAAUACAUAUGCAUGGUGGCGAAUUCCAUAUUUAUUACAAAUAUGGCACUACAACUCAUACAAUCGCUACGCAUUUAGCUGCUAGUAAAGCGAAGAAGCUCCGAAAGGAGGAGAAAAUCAUUCAUCCGAGAUGGCUUACUGAUAGUGUCAGACUAGGAGUUAGGUUAUGCGAAGAUGAUUAUUUGUUGUAUAAAGAUGGUGCGCUGCAAACAGCUGUGGCAAAACGAUUUGCGGUUGGGAGUUAUAGUGCUUUAAAAGGAGCACGAAGUGCUGCGAAUGAUCCAAAUUUUGUGAGUAACUUUUACGAAAGGUCUCGUCUACAUUUGAUUUCAACUUUGGCGCAAGAAAUGAAGCAUUAUGUAAACGAGUUAAGAAAAAAUCAAAACAAUAAUUUUCCUUCGCGAGUAUACAUACAACAUUUGAUUGAUAAAAAUUUUGCUAAUUUUCCAGAGGAAACCAUUUGCCAUAUCGAUUUGGAUUGUUUCUUUGUGUCAGUGGCAUUAAAAACUCAUCCGGAACUCAUUGGAAAACCGGUGGCCAUUACUCAUUCAAGAAGUACAGAAGGUGCUGGUAUGUCUGAAAUUGCCUCAUGCAGUUAUGAAGCCCGUGCACUAGGUGUCCGUAAUGGCUCUUUAAUUAAAGAUGCGCGGCAGGCAUGUCCGGAUCUCAUUUGUCUCCCUUAUCAGUUCGAUGAUUAUCGAAACAUUUCAAGAGAAAUCUAUUCAAUUUUAUCAGGGUAUACACUUAAUAUUCGUGCUGUAAGUUGUGAUGAGAUGUAUGUUGAUUUGGAAAGUUUAUGCAAUGAUAUGCAUAUAACAAAUGUAAUGGAGAUUGUAUCUGUAAUACGGAAUGAAAUUUUGGCUAAAACAGGCUGUAAUGCUUCUGUAGGAAAUACAAUGUUAAUAGCUCGUAUAGCAACUCGGCAUGCGAAACCGAAUGGCCAGUUUAUAAUCAGAUCGGGUGAUAUCGACGACUUGAUCAAGAAAGAAAAAGUUUCAUCUUUACCUGGAAUUGGUUAUAAUAUUUACGCGAAACUCAAAAAUGCGUUCGGUGAAAUGAGUUUAUGUGAGGAUUUGCAAAAAGUACCUAUUAAUCAUUUGCGAAAUCUUCUUGGUGAAAAAAUUGGAACUCAGAUAUACAAUAUGUGUAGAGGAAUCGAUAAAGAGAGGGAUUUUUUGGAAAAGGUUGUCCGUAAAUCUGUUUCAUGCGAUAUAAAUUACGGAAUUCGAUUUACAGAAGAAGAUGAAGUGAUGGAAUUUCUUGGAAAAAUGUGUUUGGAAUUGGAAAAAAAACUUCAUAUUGCCGGGAUGACUGCAUCUACCAUUACUCUCAGAUUACUGAUUCGUGCAUCAGAUGCACCUGUUAUAACAGAAAAAUAUUUGGGUUGCGGGAAAUGUGACGCUGUUACAAGAACGGCUCGUGUGGAAGGUGCAACUGCAAACAAAGAAGUUUUGCAUGCAGAAGUGAAAAAGCUAAUGAAAGCAAUAAAUCCAGUUAUAUGCGAUUUGAGAGGAAUUGGUAUUCAACUAACUCAUUUAAAUGAAAUACCAAAUGUGUCAGUGGAUGAGCAACCCAUCAAGAGAAAUACUUUGACACAAUUUUUUGCUGUGAAAAAUCGAGAACAACAUAUUACUAGAAAAAAAACGAAGAAUGAAGAAGAUAUUGCUUUAGAAUUGGCACUAAAGAAAUCACUUAAAGAAAGCAAACAAAAUCGUCAGUAUCGCAAAGAAACCAUUCAUCCAGAUUAUCGGAAUUAUUUCGAAGAUGAAGAUGUGAAAGCUGAAUUUUUACGAAUACUGCAGCAGUAUAAAUAUCCAACAGCCGAAUUGGUAUCGGAAAUGACAACGUAUUUCUGUUUAUUGGUAAAAAACGGUGAUUUUAGUGAUGUUUUAUCACAGCUUAGAUUCUUGCAGCGCGAAACAGUGAAUUUUUCGUUGGAAUGGAUUAUUGUAGUGUCCUCUUUAAAAGUUGCACUAAAUCGUCUUUGUGAUACCAUAUAUGGUGCUUCAUUAUGUUAA